UCUCAGCUCCCCAACAACACAUCCCGCCCCAGACUCCAGAUAAUUGCGUUGCGGUUUUAAAAAAAAAAAUCUAGGUUGUAAUGUAUAUCUAAACAAAAAGUCAAUUUUUAGUUUUAUAAGUUAAGAAUAUAUGGAAAUGGUCCAUUUUCGUAGACAAGAAGGUUCCUUCAUUAUUUUUUCUUAAUUAGUUAGAAAGCGGAGUAUGAUGUAGUGAUGGAAACAUGUCUUCACUCCAAAACCAUUGAAUGAAAGAAACAACACAAGGCAGCAUGGGUGGUGAUUCCAUUGUUUCUCAUGGUACAGAUGAAGGUUUCUGUUUGGAGGAGAAUUUUCCCUUGCUUUCUUCUCACGCACCACUUGCUGUCAGAGAUAAUCUGGACUUGCAGGAUGAAGACAGCAUGAUGAAAGUGGGCAAUGGGUUGGCUUGUAGCAAAAUUGGUGGAGAAAAUACACAUUUCUCUUCUAGAGUUGAUUUUGAAGUUAAUGAUAGGAGAAGGCUUAGCAUGUAUAAAGAAAUCCUGCAAUGUUGUGAAUUGGAGAUUCAUAGCAAUGAUUUGAAAAGGGAAAAACAAAAAAUCUUGAGCUAUAGGCCUGGAGCAUGGAUUGAGCAGGUUGGUGGCUUAAAGUCAUGUGAUUAUGAUAUACCAAAGACAACGUGCCUCUUAUUGGUUGGUCCAAGUGGUUCUGGGAAAAGUAGUCUGAUAAAUAGAAUCUCAAAGGUGUUUGAGGAUGACAAAUUUGCACCGGUCAGAGCACAAGAAUCAUAUAAUUCACUUAUAGGGGAUGGAACAUACUUCCUGCAGGAAUACAUGAUUCCAAGAGACUCAAAUUCUAUUUGUCUUUAUGAUACACGUAGUUUGUUAGAUAACUCACAUAAGGAUGAGAAUAUUAGAAUGCUGAAGAGGUGGAUGACAAAAGGUGUUCACCAUGGAGAGCUUCUUGUUAGGAAUACAGAUAAUCAGACAUUGAGGCAAAGUUUGGAGGUUAAAGCUUACAAGAAAGGUUACUUUUCCAGUAAGACCAGGAAAGUUAAUUUUGUAAUAUAUGUUGUUAAUGGUCUUUUGGUUCUGAAAGCAUUGCAGAAUGCUGGUGCUUUGGAGACAGAGUACGUUGAAACCAUUGUUUCUACUUUCAAUUGCCCAUUCCUGUCAUUUAAAGAUGACAAACCUGUACUUGUUUUCACUCAUGGGGAUCUCCUUUCUUUCUCUGAUCGUGCACUUGUCCGUGCUCAUUUGGGAAGUUUAUUGGGAAUUCCACCUAGCAAGCAAAUUUUUGACAUCCCAGAUUGCGAUUGUCCAGCAACUGAGUCUGCAAUAAUUGGAAUGCUACGAUAUAGUCUUGCACAUGCCGACAGAAAUUUUCCUCAGAAAAGCAAGGUUAUGAAUAAGGUUCAUAAAAUAUCUCUAUCACUGUGCAUGAUUUUUCUGAUUCUAGGAAUAGGAGUCGCAAUGGACUUGGCACAAAAUAGAAAAGCUCAUGUUGCACGUCUAAAACUGAAAGCUCCGAGGAGCAACCCAAUAGAGUGGCAUAAAAUUCGGCACAUAUGGUAGCUAUAAAUAUUAUUGAUAUGGCUAUGUAUAUAAUGGUUAUGUAAUUGAAGCUUGGUGAAAAGACUUGUAAUUUAGAAGUGAUUGGUGAUCAAUUGAUUUUGUUCUUGGUAAUGGUUAUUUCAUUUCAUGAUAA